CAAAAAACCGGGGGAGGGAGAGAGAGAGAGAGGAAGGGUGAGGGAGUUGUUGUUUUUGCUUGGCAAUUCCAGCUAAAGAAUCGUAAUUUACAAUUUAUGAAUUUUGAGUUAACUCAACAGAGAUCGAACCCUGCUUCUGCAGGAGAUCGGUGAUUUUGAUUUGUUUCUAAGAACAGCAGUUCCUUUUUUGUUCGUUGUUUCCUUCUAUUUCUCCAGAAUUUCGAGUGGGUUUCCUUCUAAAUUUCGAUUUAGGUGUGGGUUUUGAUUCUAAUCCCUUGAUCGGGUGGGAUUGCAAGUGUUUUAGGGAAACCCCGUUAUUGGGUUUUUGUGGGUUUUUGGUUUUAUGAGAUGGGUUGGGUGAAGAUUUGGGUUUGGAUGUUGGUGAGGGCAACGGCGGCUUGGUUUUGAGGUAGCUGCGCAAGGGAUGCGAGGAAGGGAAUAGCGGUAGGCGGUGCCAGGAGAGACAUGGAAGAUACCGAGCUUGAAGAGGGAGAAGCUUGUUCAUAUCAGAACAAUGAAGAUUUUGAUUCAAAUAUGGACCCUGAUGUUGCUCUCUCCUACAUAGAUGCAAAACUUCAACAUGUUUUGGGACACUUUCAGAAAGAUUUUGAAGGUGGAGUCUCUGCUGAAAAUUUGGGAGCGAAAUUUGGUGGAUAUGGUUCGUUUUUACCUUCUUAUCAACGGUCUCCGGUUGUUCCUCUUUCAAGGACUCCACCGAAAGGUCAUAAUUGCAGUACAUCCAGAUCUCCCAAUAAUUUUCAGGAGGUUGGCCAUAAUAACUCUGUUGUUUCUUCAACUACACCUCAGUCGAUUAGACCUGGUCCUCCUUCUACUAGUUCUACGUCACUACCCAUAAUCGAAGCACCAAAUCUGAAUGAAUCAUCCAGACAAGAAGCAUUCCCGUCUUUCCCGUAUGUUGAAGAACGUGGUUCUGGAUAUGGAUGUGUGAACAAUAAGUCCACUACUUCUUCGGAUCAAAAAUCACUGAAGGUGCGAAUUAAAAUGGGUUCUGAUAACCUGUCGACAAGAAAAAACGAUGCGAUCUAUAGUGGUCUUGGCCUAGAUGUUUCACCAUCUUCGUCGUUAGACGACAGCCCCUCAGAAAGUGAAGGGAUCUCUCGUGAGCUUCAAGAUGGCCCGUUUGAAUCUCCAACGAGCAUUCUUCAGAUGAUGACAUCGUUUCCAGUUCAGGGAGGUCUCUUGCUAUCACCUCUUCCCGAUGAUCUUAUUCACCUAACUCGAACGGGGAAGCCUGGAAGAGAUAAAAAAACUACUCGUGUCCAACAGUACAAUCAAGACCCUCCCUUAGCAGGGUUGCCUUCGUUGAAAGGUGGUCAAAUGAUAGUUGAGAAGAAAAUGUCGAAAGAUAUAAAUGACUUCGUGUCCGAAUCAAAGAACACAAAUAGGAGGGAUUUUCUGAAUGGUUCAAUUAUGUCAAAAAAGAUGUCAGAAAUCGAUACAGUAGCUUGUGACGAGCUUGUUUCUAAUGCGUUAAAGCUUCCGCUUCUAGCAAAUUCAUAUGCCAUAUCAGUUGAUACUACGAAAAGUACGAACAGGGCAUCUGAAACGUUAAUGGAGGCAGAUAAAGUUGUGGCAAGGGACAGACAUCUUUGUGAUCAACUGGAAGAGGGUCCAGCAGUAGAGCCUCCGUUUACUAUGGAGGAUGAGAAGCAAACGAAUGGUUCAUCCGGAAAGGUUAGGGAGCCAAAAAAAUCCAAUAAGUUUGACGAUAUUUCGGUUUCUGCAAAAAAAUCUGGAGAAAGCAAGAGGGAGAAAACAAUUGACUCGAUCGAGGCUGCCUCAAAAGGAAAGAAUGCUUCGAAUGGUGAUCAAAUCGAUCCUCUCAAGCAGAAUUCGAAUCAUAAAACUACUACUCAUGCACAUAGCAACGCGAAGCAUGUUUCGGGAAAGGAUAAUUUAAUCCCCGAGGGCAAAAAGAAGUCAAAGUUUAGUCAAACGGAUUGUAUCCCCAAUGGAGAGGUAUCAAAACGUAGUGCGAAGUCUGGCUCUUCAGGUUCGAAAACAAAGAGUACUAGUAAAGAUGACAACGUUUCAACCAGACCGGAAGUUGAAGAUCCUAAGCUGCAAAGCUCUAGAAAAACGAAAGAUAGAUACCGAGAUUUCUUUGGGGAACUGGAAGAAGACGAUAAUCUAUUAGAUUCAUCAGAGAUUCCUUUUGAGGAUCAACUAAAUCACUCUGAUGAAAAGCCAACACAUAAUAUUCCUGCAUCGAAGGAGAGAUUAUUCGUUGAGAAAAUUGGCAAGCCUUUGGUAUCAAAAGCGUUUCCGGAAGUAGUCAUGAAUCCGUCCAGUGGGACGAUAAAGGAUGCAGCUCCUGCUGCAGUGGACAAUGUAGCUCCACAAGACAACUGGGUUUGUUGCGACCGGUGUCAAAAAUGGCGGCUUCUUCCAUUAGGUACAAAUCCUUUCAGCCUACCCGAAAAGUGGAUCUGCAGCAUGCUCGAUUGGCUUCCUGGAAUGAACCAAUGUAUGUUUAGUGAGGAGGAAACGACGAAAGCUCUAAUAGCCAAGUUCCAAGCACCGGCUGCUCCCGAGGGUAAUAUUUACAGUAAUCUUAGUGGCGUUAUGCCGGGAGGGGUUAACGCUCGACCAUCUGGGCAAAAUCACCAUCAUUAUGAUUUUAAUGCUCCGCCUGGCGGUGGAAAAAAGAAACACGGAUCAAAAGAAAGACCAUGUAUAACACUUAAAGGGGAUGCACCUCAGCUAUCAAACUCAAAGAAGCAUGAAGGAGCAAUGAAAAGCAAAAGUUUAGAUGAUGUGAACCAGUUGCCUUUCGGAGAUGAAGCUAAUUUUCGUUUAAACAAGUCGGGUGAUGUUCCUGUUGAGAAGCACAAGCAUAAGUAUAAAGAGAAGCAGGAAUCUGUCGAUAUCUUAUCUGAUGAAGGUGCUACCAAGAUUUUAAAGACUAAAAACAGAAAAGAGAAAGAACCGGAUUAUCCUAGACCUUCAAAGAAAGUUAGAACCGAUGGCUUGGAACUGACCGAUGAAGAGCAGAUAUCGGGGCACAGUGCGCCUAUUGUGAAAGCUGGUCCAAGCUUGAGCAUUGACUUUCCUUCUGCAUCAGGUGGAACUAAUAAGUCUAAAAAUAUGGACCAAUCGUCUAAGGACUGGAAAUAUAAUACAAAUGUUAUCCAACGAGUACCGAACGAUAAAAGAGAAAACAAACUGCUGGGAGUCGUGGAUGAUGAUUCCAUGGGAGGAGGAAAUGGUAGUACCAAAAGCAAUUCAAAGAAGAGAAAAGUGAAAGCGUCCCCGGAUAUUCAAACUAAGACUGGGUCGCUCAAUGGUUCUGGCCAUCUCCUGCAGAAUAGAGGUCCUGUUACCGAGCUCAGCGAUAACGACCGUAGGAAGGAGAAAAAGGCAAAGCUAUCUAAGCCUCCAGGUAAAGAAUCCAGUGGUAGAAAAGAGAAAAAAGGUUAUUCUAAGAAUUGGCCUCAUGGACAAGAUGUAGGGAGCACUCUUUCUCAUCGAAGUUUGGAUGGCACCGAUUCUUUGAAAAGGGAUUUAGGAGCGAUACAACCUUCUCUAGUAGCGACUUCAAGUUCUUCUAAGAUAUCGGGUUCACAUAAAACGAAAUCCAGUUUUCAGGAUAUCAAAGGAUCGCCAGUAGAAUCUGUUUCGUCAUCACCUAUGAGAAUACCUAACCGAGAUAAGAUUGCACUGCCGUCAAGGGAAAGUAAGGAUUUUCUGGAUGGUGGUCAUAUGAGGUGCUCCGAUGGGGAAGAAGAGGACGGUGGUAGUGAUCGCUCUGGGGCUGGUAGCAAGAAAAAGUCUGUUGUGCCUCAUCGUAGGCCUUUAAAGUCCCCCUUGAUCGAUACCGUAAACAAAGAUGUUAGUAAUAUUUCAGGGAAAAAAGCUAAAGCAAAAGGGAAGUCUUCCUCUGAUGUCCCUGGCAAUUCAGGAAUUGAUCAUCAGCAUCCUUGUAAACCAUGGACCGAACAAGUUCAGAAUGAAGAUAGACCAAAUGAAACGCGAUAUAGGGGCAGCGAGUCAUAUCCAGACAAAAGCGGAAAGGAUUUAUCUUCACAGUCGAAGGACAAAAGUCGGAGCUAUGGUUUGGACGUUGGCGUGGAUAAGGACAGGGUUCCUUAUUCCCAUGAUGAUUUGAAGGUUAAGAAUGGUAAGCACAAGUUACAGGACAACUCUAGGAUAAAAUCGGGAGAUGCUAGGAAGGACGGUUCGGGUAAACUGUCUUUUGAGUUCGGUAAAAGAGAAAGUGAAUUAAAUUUUGUCAAGCAUGAAGGUCCAGAUUCUACUGUGGAUAGCAAUUCCAGGAAGAAUCAGCAGCAUGAUUGCAAUGGUACCGCUUCAAAGAGGUCCCUUUUUCAGAAAAACGAUCAACUUGAAAAAGUCUCCGGAAAAAGUACACCGGCACCAUUACCAAACUCGGGAGAGCUUCGAAAUCAGACGCUGCAUUGCCCCCCUUCAGCAGGGAGUGGAAAAGGAAAUGUGACCGAUAUUUUGCGAGUAGAUGCUUCCGAAAGCAAUGCUGUGUCAAACGGGAAAAAGCAUGUUAAGAAUCGUCAAAAGGAAGCUCAGACCAAUGGUUCAAGGCAUUCCACUCCCGACGAGCGGGUACCCAUCGAUGCACCAAGUCCAGCCAGAAGGGACUCCAACCAGGCUGCUACCAAAGCUAUGAAAGAAGCUAAAGAUUUAAAACAUCUUGCCGAUCGUUUUAAGAAUUCUGGGUCCCAUCUCGAAUCUAUCGGGCUUUAUUUCCAAGCAUCCCUUAAGUUUCUUUAUGGAGCCUCCUUGCUCGAGUCGUCCAACAAUGAGACUGCCAAACAGUCGAUGCAAAUAUACAGUAGCACUGCAAAACUAUGCGAGUUUUGUGCUCAUGAAUAUGAGAAAAUGAAGGACAUGGCUGCAGCUACUUUGGCAUACAAAUGCGUGGAAGUCGCGUACAUGAGGGUGAUUUAUUCUUCGCAUAACAGUGCAAUCCGAGACCAGCACGACUUGCAGCGAGCUCUGCAAAUGGGUCCCUCUGGGGAAUCUCCUUCAUCUGCCUCUGAUGUUGAUAACUUAAAUAACCCAGCUGGAACCGACAAAGCCACUCUUUCUAAGGGCGUCAGCUCGAGCCGAGCUACUGGAUCCCAUGUCAUUCCUGCUAAAAGCCGUCCCAAUUUUGUACGGUUGCUUAAUUAUGCACAGGAUGUAAAUUUUGCCAUGGAAGCAUCGAGGAAAUCACGAAUUGCUUUCGCAGCUGCAAAUGCGAGCUCGGGAGGGACAGCAACCAAUAAGGAGGGUAUCUCUUGCAUCAAAAUGGCCCUCGAUUUUAACUUUCAAGAUGUCGAAAGCCUGCUGACUCUAGUACGGGUUGCGAUGGAGGCAAUUAACCGUUGAAAAAACCGAGUGAUUAUAGAAAUGAAUUUCGACUUCGGGACUUCGGUACUUGUCUGGUCGGUAUGUUGCUUUGAGAAGCAUUGAUGAGGAAAGGAGAAGAGACCGCCCUCCAUUACACGAAAACCCGGUUGAUAGCCUGAUGAUUACUGCUUUUAGUGAAUCUCUCUGUACAUUGUCCUGCUGCUUCGCCAUUCAUUUUGCUUGAUCUGCCACAGAGGCUUCUGUAUAUGGAGGUUCUUUUGAGUUCUUAUGCUCGAGCUCGUAGGGGCUUCAAUUUGUCUGCCCCAUCGGUGACACCUUACCGUUGCACGUCGUUCUCGAACUUGGGUCGUGCUAAUCCAAAGGACGAGACAUGUAAAAUUCGACGAUCGUCGUAAACCUUCUACAAUUUGUGUUCGAACGCCACCGAAGGGGGCGACGAAAGGUUUUGUUUAUAUUUUUUAUUUUUUUUUCCUGUUAUAUUAUGAGACGGAAUAAAUAAAUAAAUAAAUAAUACGACAAAUUGUAAUAAUAACAUCAAGUACAUGCACGUAGCUCCCGGCACCGAGGUCGUUCGAGUUAAUUUACUCCAGUUUCUGUGUAUAUCCUUGCACAAGUCAUUGAACUCGGUUUGUAUAGAUUAAAGAAGGCUCGAUGUUCUUUUCUAGAGAAGAACGAACAAAACGACGGGGAAGAUGGGAGCUUAUCGUCGUCCUACACGAUCAGCUGGAACGUGCAAUAAUCAUGGUUGUGUGUUGGAGGAGAUGAGAUGGGUAUACGUACAGAGCAGCACAGAGGCUUUCACUGUCCUUUCUCUCUGAUUGUGUGUGUACUUAGUUGCUCUAAUGAAGACAUGAGCUAAGUAAGCCAUUGAGGGUUAAAUGUAACACUCCCAGCCCCCCCAAGGGAUUAAAAAAAAUAACCCAAUUUUGUUUAUGUUAAUUAUGAUCAUGGUAAAUAAAAUUUUUAUGUUUAUUAA